AUGUUGUUCCGCACCGUCAAACUUCUGCGCGUGAGCCCCUUUUCUGUUUUCAUGAAGGACCUGAAGAAAACGGGGGAGCUCCGCAACAUGUCGUUGGCUAAUGGUGCGCGAGUUGCUUCGCGUAUGUACCGCAACUUGACUCCCUCCCAGAUGCGAUCACUCCAGGAGCGGGCCAGCAAAAUUACGUAUCCUGCUCUCAAAGCAUUCAACGAUUUUCAGCGCCGUGAGUGUCGCAAUCUAACCCACAUGACGAAUGCGGAACGGCAGCGUGUUGUUGGCGAGAUGUGGAGAAAGUCGGCCAAGCGGAGGGAGCUACAGCUCAAGAAGAUACAGGCGAAGAGCAGGGAGAGGCGCGAGGAGCGAAAGCUUCGCAUGCAAGACGAGAUGAAAAAGAGGUUAUUCCCGACAGUGAGGAAGUAUAGAAUCCACAAGGUGGACCCAGCCGACAUUAAACGCCCCGGAUUCCCCGAUAUUACGGCAUCCAAGAAAGUAAAGGGGGGUACUAUGAGCAAGAAAAGCGACAGGAACAGGGGUACCAACAAGGGUAAGGGUGUUGGCACUGGCAAAGUUGUCAGUAUGGGCAAGAGCGCCGUUAGAGACAAGAUUGCCGGUACGAGCAGGUCAGCCAAUGUAAGCAGGGUUAUCAACACGGGUCGGGGCGCCAUCAAGGGUAAGAUUGCCAGCGUACGUAAAGCUCCCAGUAUGAGUGAGAGUAUGAGUAAAAGUAAGGGAAAACUGACCUCUCCUAGUAAAGGAGCUCCAGUGAACCUCAUGAAGGUGAGGGGGAGGGUACCGGCUGCAGGGAAACCCGGUCUGAAGGAGGUAACCAACGAGAGGAGAGCGACAAGAGGUUCGCAGACAGUGAGGGACGUGAUCAUUGGCAGGGAUGCAAAACGCCGUCUCGCGGUGUCGAGGGGCGUCAAAAACCUGAAGAAGAAUAAAGAGAGCAGGAAGCCACCCGUAAGGAGGCGUUAG